GCUUCAACUCCAUCAUCAAUUCAUCGUCGAGUAUUGAACACGAGAGAUUCAGUGAAGACGACUCUGCGAGCUGUGCGACCAUGGCAAUGGCGAACGUAGCAGCGCUCCCCCUCCUCGUAACCCUCCUCGCGGCCAUGUCGCUGCUGCCGCCGGCGGCGUCGACGUACGUGCGGCCGAGGCCGAGGGCGGCGCUCUCCGUGCUCCACGACGGCAACGGACAGACACCACAGCAGGUGCAUAUAUCAACUGUAGGCUCCGACAAGAUAAGGAUAACAUGGAUCACCGACGACGAUGCACCGGCGACCGUGGAGUACGGCACGGUCUCCGGCGAGUACCCAUUCUCGGCGGCCGGAAGCACCACCACCUACUCCUUCUUCCUCUACCAUUCCGGCAAGAUCCACGAUGCCGUCGUCGGCCCACUCGAACCCAGCACCACCUACUACUACCGCUGCAGCAACAGCACGUCGCGCGAGUUCUCCUUCCGGACGCCGCCGGCGAGCCUCCCCGUCAAGUUCGUCGUCGUCGGUGACCUGGGACAGACGGGAUGGACCAAGUCCACGCUGCGGCACAUCGGCGCCGACGACUACGACAUGUUGCUCCUCCCCGGCGACCUGUCCUACGCCGACUUCUACCAGCCGCGGUGGGACACGUACGGCCGCCUCGUCGAGCCGCUUGCGAGCGCGCGGCCGUGGAUGGUGACGGCGGGCAACCACGAGGUGGAGAGGAUCCCGCUCCUCCACCCGCAGCCGUUCACGGCGUACAACGCGCGGUGGCGCAUGCCGCACGACGCCGGCGCGUCGCCGUCGGGGUCCAACCUCUACUACUCCUUCGACGUCGCCGGCGGCGCCGCGCACGUCAUCAUGCUGGGGUCGUACACCGACUACGCCGCCGGCUCGGCGCAGCACCGGUGGCUGCGGGGCGACCUGGCCCGGAUCGACCGCGGCAGGGCGGCGUUCGUGGUGGCGCUGGUGCACGCGCCGUGGUACAGCAGCAACACGGCGCACCGCGGGGAGGGCGACGCCAUGCGCGCCGCCAUGGAGGAGCUCCUCUACGGCGCGCGCGUCGACGCAGUGUUCGCCGGCCACGUGCAUGCGUACGAGAGGUUCGCGCGCGUGCACGGCGGCGUGGAGGACCCGUGCGGGCCGGUGCACGUGACCGUCGGCGACGGCGGGAACAGGGAAGGGCUGGCGAAGAAGUACGUGGACCCGCAGCCGGCGGCGUCGGCGUUCCGGGAGGCGAGCUUCGGGCACGGGAGGCUGGAGGUUGUGAACGCGACGCACGCGCGGUGGACGUGGCACCGGAACGACGACGACGAGGCGGUGGUCGCCGACGAGGUGUGGAUCACCAGCCUCGCCUCCAACCCGGCUUGCAACACGAAAGAUUCCAUUAGCUUGUGAAUUGUGCAGCUCAACAAGUGUUGGAUGAUUGGUGAAUACGCUUGAUUUUUCUCUCAUGUAAUUUUAUAAAGAACAAUUAUACCAGUUGUUGGAUUAUGCCUCAAAUAUACUACUACUAGUAUAGUAUUAAUAUUAGUCCUAGUACUAGUCUCUAUAAGCUCAUGGCCAAUUUAUCAUGAUGUUUAUCAAGAGAUCUAAGUAUUUCGUUCUUGUUCUCAUCUCUGUUGGG